AUGAAGAGGAGGAUAGGCAGUGUCAACAAUCUGCACCAACAGAGUGCAUCAACACAGAUAAAGUUUGACAGAACAAAUCUAUUGCUUGUUCAGAUCCCUCAUGAGGACCCGUUGGUCGUCAGUUUGACAGUAGCCGAAUGUUUGGUACGCAGAGUUCUGAUUGAUCCUGGAACUAGUGUGAACGUCAUGCCGAGGGACAUAUUUGAUCGGCUCGAGAUCAAGCCGGAUCGGCUUAAGCCCACUGGAAAUCCCUUGCUAGGGUUUGAUGCAAAACAAGUGGAGCCCAUCGGUACGGUGGAGGUAGCAGUACACGCUGCAGAGAGGGUUCUGAUGGAUACCUUUGUAGUUGUCGAGAUUCAUCCCUCUUACAACCUUCUGAUGGGUAGAGGGUGGAUCCACAGAGUUCAAGGUGUUCCUUCCACUCUGCAUCAAGUAAUGAGAUGCCUGGGGCCAGACGGAACUAUGGUUAGAGAGUAA